AGAUGGAGCUGGACCGCUGGACGCAGCUGGGGCUCGUGUUCCUGCAGCUCCUGCUCAUCUCAUCUUUGCCAAGAGAAUACACAGUCAUCAAUGAAGCCUGCCCUGGAGCCGAGUGGAACAUCAUGUGUCGGGAGUGUUGUGAAUACGACCAGAUUGAGUGUGUCUGCCCUGGAAAGAAGGAAGUGGUGGGCUACACCAUCCCAUGCUGCAGGAACGAGGACAAUGAGUGUGACUCCUGCCUCAUUCACCCCGGCUGUAUGAUCUUUGAAAACUGCAAAAGCUGCAGGAACGGCUCAUGGGGGGGCACCCUGGAUGACUUCUACGUGAAGGGCUUCUACUGUGCCGAGUGCAGAGUGGGCUGGUACGGCGGAGACUGCAUGCGAUGUGGCCAGGUGCUUCGAGCUUCCAAGGGUCAGAUUAUGUUGGAGAGCUACCCCUUAAAUGCUCAUUGUGAAUGGACCAUUCAUGCCAAGCCUGGCUUUAUCAUCCAACUAAGGUUUAGCAUGUUGAGCCUGGAGUUUGACUACAUGUGCCAGUAUGACUAUGUGGAGAUCCGAGAUGGGGACCACAGGGACAGCCCGAUAAUCAAGCGUUUCUGUGGCAACGAGAGGCCAGCCCCCAUCAGGAGCACCGGCUCCUCCCUCCACGUCCUCUUCCACUCUGAUGGCUCCAAGAAUUUUGAUGGUUUCCACGCUGUCUUUGAAGAGAUCACAGCAUGCUCCUCCUCCCCCUGUUUCCAUGAUGGCACGUGCCUCCUUGAUGCUACCGGGUCUUAUAAGUGUGCCUGUCUAGCUGGCUACACUGGACAACACUGUGAGAGUGUUCUUGAAGAAAGAAACUGCUCAGACCUUGGGGGUCCAGUCAACGGAUACAAGAAAAUAACAGGAGGCCCUGGGCUUCUAAAUGGGCGUAAUGCCAAGAUUGGCACUGUUGUGUCCUUCUUUUGUAACAACUCCUAUGUUCUUAGUGGCGAUGAGAAAAGGACCUGUCAGCAGAAUGGACAGUGGUCAGGGAAACAGCCCAUCUGCAUAAAAGCCUGUCGAGAACCAAAGAUCUCAGACCUGGUGAGGAGGAAAGUUCUUCCGAUGCAAGUUCAAUCAAGGGCAACACCAUUACAUCAGCUAUACUCAUCAGCCUUCAGCAAGCAGAAACUGCAGGAUGCUGCUACCAAGAAGCCGGCCCUUCCCUUUGGAGAUCUGCCUGCUGGGUACCAGCAUCUACACACACAGCUGCAGUAUGAAUGCAUCUCUCCCUUCUACCGUCGCCUGGGCAGCAGCCGGAGGACAUGCUUGCAGACUGGGAAGUGGAGUGGGCGGGCUCCGUCUUGCAUCCCAAUCUGUGGGAAAAUUGAGAACAUCACUUCUCCAAAGAUCCAAGGGACCCGUUGGCCAUGGCAAGCAGCCAUCUACAGGAGGACGAGCGGGGAGCCUGAUGGGGGCCUGCACAAGGGCGCGUGGUUCCUGGUCUGCAGUGGUGCCCUAGUGAAUGAGCGCACCGUGGUGGUGGCGGCCCAUUGUGUUACUGACCUGGGGAAGGUGUCCAUCAUCAAGACGGCGGACCUGAAAGUUGUUCUUGGAAAAUUCUACCGGGAUGAUGACCGGGAUGAGAAGACCAUCCAGAACUUACGGGUUGCUGCUAUCAUUCUUCAUCCCAACUAUGACCCCAUCCUUCUCGAUGCUGACAUCGCUAUCCUGAAGCUCCUAGACAAGGCCCGCAUUAGCACCCACGUUCAGCCUGUCUGCCUUGCUGCCACUCGGGACCUCAGCAUCUCCUUCCAGGAAUCCCACAUCACUGUGGCUGGCUGGAAUAUUCUAGCAGAUGUAAGGAGUCCUGGAUUCAAGAAUGACACACUGCGCUUGGGGAUGGUCCGAGUGGUGGACUCACUGCUGUGUGAGGAACAGCAUGAAGACCAUGGCAUCCCAGUGAGUGUCACCGAUAACAUGUUCUGUGCCAUCCAGGACCCCAGUGCACCUUCUGACAUCUGUACUGCAGAGACAGGAGGUAUCGCAGCAAUGUCUUUCCCAGGGCGAGCAUCCCCAGAGCCGCGUUGGCAUCUGGUAGGCCUGGUCAGCUGGAGCUAUGACAAAACAUGCAAUCAUCACCUCUCCACAGCCUUCACCAAAGUGCUGCCUUUUAAAGACUGGGUUGAGAGAAAUAUGAAAUGAACCAGCUUCAGGGUCAUGGAGAAGCUUUUCUGUAUGUGCUGCACUAUGCAGUGUAGACCUGAAGUGUGAUUUUUGCCCAUGAACUUAGAUCUAUCAGGGCUUCUGAUUUCAGACACAUAGCUCAAUGGAGGGAAGAAAAGCUUGGUUUCUGGCUGGUCACCUCCUUUCUGACUGCUUGGAAACCAUUUGAAAGAUGCCAGGACUAGCUAGAGCAGAGUUUCUCUGAAGAAGAAACAAAAAUCUGAAUAGAAACAAACAAACAAACAAACAAACAUUCCAUUCAAUUGACCUGGUGGCCUUCCUUACUUUUCAGAGAAGCCAAUGGCAUGGGCACUUGUCGUGGAGAGAGUGGACCUGGGGUGGUCUGUGCUAAGCCAGGCCUCUUGUAAAACUUCAGCCAAAUCCAAUUCCAAAGAGUCUCUUGCGAAGUCGCAGGUAGCCUGACUGUGGCACAUUCACCAUAGUCUAAUCUGAUUCUUUGCUUUUCCUAUCUCUGUAAAUAUUUUAAUAAAACAAGGGUUG